AUGGACACGGCGUCCAGCACGCCGCGCACCCUCGAACUCAAACCCAGUGGGCAUACGAUGGUGUCCAUGACCCCAGCGGAGUGGCCGCUCCUGACCAUCACCUUUGCGGCGCCCCCAGUCACAGGCAACGGCGAACGGCACCUGGAGUUGAAGGGGCAGACCAUCAAGUGUAAGAGGAAGUCUGAGAGCACAGCAAGGCUGGAUAAAGUGAAGUGGGAGAGGAAGGGGAUGAAGGGGAUGAAGCUCGUAGAUAAGGAUAAGGCCAUUGUGGCUGAGUUUGGGACCGUGGGGAAUGGAAAUAGGAGUAGAGGGUGCAGGGCACUUAGAUGUGCUCAACGAAGGGGUUACGGAGAUGCAGUUGGAGGAGAUUGUGGUUACAUGUUUGGUAAAGAGAUAGAGGAUGAGGAGGGAUGGAGAGUGGUUGGAGGAUGGGACGUGGGAGGUGUUCAUGAGUUCGUUGGGCUUGUCGGGUAUACCGGAGCUUAA